GAUAUUCUUUAUAUUCUAACCGCAGUGUUGGUGUACUUUCAAUUUCGAUGUACUUUUUUUUUCAUGAUUGGAAUAUUUUCCUUACAAUUAGAUGAUACUAUGUGUUAAAACUGUUUCUGUGCUAGCUGGAAGUAAAUAAACAAAAUGUCUCAAAUCGAGAAGAUGUCAAUCCAAGGGAUCCGAAGUUUCGGCCCUGACGACUCGGACAAAGGAAUCAUCACUUUCUUCACACCACUUACUCUCAUUCUGGGUCCUAAUGGAACAGGGAAGACUACAAUUAUUGAAUGCCUGAAGUACAUGACAACAGGAGUAAUGCCCCCUGGCAGUAAAGGUGGCGCCUUUAUUCAUGACCCCAAAGUGGCCCAUGAGCGUCAGGUGAAGGCUCAGAUCAGACUACAGUUCCAAGACGUCACGAACAACCGCGUGGUCAUACAGCGUAUCAUGGAGGCCACACAGAAGUUGAAGAAGAUAGAAAUGAAGACCCUGGACGGAGUGAUAACCCGCUAUGACAUCCACGGGGAUAAGAAAAGCAUCAGCUCAAAGUGUGCCGAGAUAGAUAGAGAGAUGAUUACAUCCCUUGGUGUUUCCAAGCCGGUUUUGGAGAAUGUCAUUUUCUGUCACCAGGAGGACUCUAACUGGCCGCUGAGUGAGGGAAAAGCUCUAAAGGAGAAGUUUGAUGCGAUUUUUGCCUCCACCAGAUACGUCAAAGCUCUGGAGACAAUCAGGAAGUUAAAACAGACACAGGACCAGGAUCUUAAACUUUACAAGCAGGAUGUUACCUACCUGAAGCAGCUUAAAGACAAAUCAGAACAGCUUGAAGCUGACAAAAAUGAGAAGGAAACAAAAAUGAUGGUAUGUCGGGAGUCCGUGGAGAAGAUUGAUGCCAAGUUGCAGCCUAUUCUGGAUAAGUUGGAGCAAAUUGAGAAUCAAUCUGCAAAGAUUCACAAGAUUCAUACCAACAUAGAGAAAUACAAAAGUCAAAUGAAAAUGAUGGAAAAUUCUGCAACAGAACUUAGAAGUGACAUAAAGAAUGAAUUUCAAGGCUCUGUAGAAGAGUUAAAGAAGACAAUAGCUGAUUUUGCAAACAUGGUUCAGGAAAGGCAGGAGACCAUGGAGCAGUUUCAAAUGCUCCAAAGAGAACUUAACAAGGAACUGGAAAAACUUGGCCAAGAGAAAGGGCGCCUUUUGAUGGAGGUUGGGAAACUGGAGCAGGAAUCCGAGAGACACAAGGAAAAUAUGAAGAAAAGAGAUGCUGAAAUAAAGAAACUAGCCACAAAGUAUGAUGUUGAAGGUUACCACAGAGGGGAGAUAACUGAUGAACAGUAUAGAGCAUUCAUGGACAUCAUUAGGACCAAAAUAGAAACUUUAAUGCAGGACAGCAGACAGGUCAAGACAGAGUAUGAGGAAAAGGAUGCCAGCAUGCAGAAGAAGCUGGAUGAAGUUCGGGACAAGAAAACCAAACUGGAACAAAAUGAAAAACUAAAAAAGGAAUUGAUGAUGGAGAACAAGGAGAAAAUAAAACAGAUUAAUCGUAAGCUGAGUGAAGUUGAGGCUUCGGCUGGGCGACGAGACCAGAUCAACCGUGAACUCAAACGUGCGGAACACGAAUUAACCAGGACUGAGAAGUCAGUUAAUGUGAAUGAAAUCAGACAGAAGAUUGAAUCACUAAAAGAGGAGAAAUCCAAGCUGGAUGCCACCAUUAGUGAACUCAAUUCUGAAAUGACCCGUCUCCACCUUCAGUCUAGUGCCCGGGCUCAGCUGGACAUCCUGAAGAAAGACAAAACUACCAAGGAGGAACAGAUUCGUAGGCUGCGUGCCAAGCAAGAAGACACACUGACUUAUUUGCUGGGGCACAUGCCAUCUAGGAACGUACGUGGAGAAUUGGAUGAAUAUAUAGGGAAGCAGACAGAGUCAGUAAAGCGUUUGAAUCAAGACGUACAGACAAAUAAAAGUAAACUAUCCAGUAGGGAGGCGGAGAAAAAGAUGAUCGGAGAAACUCUAAAGAAAAAGGAAGAGGAAUUAAAAAAUGUGGAGGAGAAAAUCUUUUCUGUGUGUGGCAGUCAGAAUUUUGAUGAUGGGCUUUCCUCCCUGCAAGAGAAGAUGUCCUCAGCUCAAGAUCAGAGAGGGUCACUGCUGGGGGCUGAGCACUUCUUUCAGAAGUAUGUUAAUGACCUUGAGAAGCAAGAGCCGUGCUGUCCGCUAUGUCACAGAGAAUUCGACACCGAUCAAGAAGUCAAAGAACUCAUUAUUGAGUUGAAAAACAAAUUGCGUAUGGUACCAAGCAAAUUAAGGAAGUCUGAGAAAGAUUUAGAUGAGUAUCGCUCGAAAUACGAUGCCAUGAUGCAGCUGAAGCCUCUCAAAGAAAAUAUUGCAACUUUAGAAGGUACUGAAGUUCCAGGGCUGAAGAACAAGCUGAAGCAAAUCAAUGAUGACAUAACCAAGCUCAGAGAAAACAUUCAAACGAAAGAGGAGGACCUACACACCCAGGAACAGGAUGACGAGACGGCGAAACAGAUCCAACCAGAUAUUGUCAUGAUGGACCGAUACCAAGGAGAGAUAACAGAGCUAGAGAAAAAGAUCUCAACAGAGGGCGCUAAACUCUCAGGGGGAGACUCUGACAGAACACUCCAGGAUGUCAUCAGUGAAAAGGAAGAUCUACAGAUAAAAAGUGACUCGUCAAACAAACAGAUGGACAGCUUGAGACAGAAAUUAAACUUGCACUCUGAUGAAGUUCAGCGCUUGAAGUCUGAUGUGAAUCAACGGAAGGAAGAGAAGCUUCAGAUUGACAGUGAUCUUCAACAGCGAAAUAAACUGGAGGAGGACAAGAGUACACUAAUCAGCGAGAAUGAUCAGUAUGACAGAGAGAUUACGGAGUCCAAGGAUCAGAUACGACCAUUUCAGACCCAGCUGGAAAAACUGAAACGAGAGAAGGAUGAGAUUCUUCGGAAGAAGGAGGAGCACAUGGAACAAAUGAAGAGUGAGGUAGACAAAGUAAAGAAUGACAGAGCCAAAGUAAAGAUGAUCAGCCAGGACAUCAAAAGCUACACUCAGUCAGGGAAAGCCGAGAAGCUGGUCCAAAGCAAACAACGUCUGACUCAGAUCGAGGAGAAGGCCAGUGAGAAGGAGGAAGAGAACAGAGACUACACAGAGAACCUGAACAAGUUACGGGACGAGUUAGCAAAAAAUACGGAGAGGGAGAGAGAAUUGACAGACAAUCUCCGACUUCGCCGCUAUUUACAAGAUAUAGAUGAAGUGGAAGAGAAAAUAAAGGACUUAAAGAAGGAGCUGGGUGGGAUUGAUGCGAAUCAUUUGGAGCGAGAGACAAGGCGCCUGCAGACAGAAAGGGGGGACCUGCUGAAAGAGAAACAAAUGUCAGAGAACAGGAAACUAGCCUUGCAUGGUGAACUGUCCAGCAUUGUGGGUGAACUCAAGUCGGAGAUGUACAAGAAUGCUGGCACCAAAUACAGAGACAAGAUGAUCAUUCUCAAGACAACAGAAUUAGCGAGCAGUGACUUGGAGAAGUAUUACAAGGCUCUAGACAAAGCCAUCAUGAGCUACCACAAUAUGAAGAUGGAUGAAAUUAAUAAGAUUAUUCGAGAACUUUGGAGGAAUACGUACAAAGGAAAUGAUAUUGAAACAAUAGAGAUUCGAUCUGAUGAAGAUGAGGCGGGCCUGAUGAAGACUCGAAGAACAUACAAUUACAGAGUGGUAAUGAUCAAAGGAGAUACAGCUCUAGACAUGAGGGGGCGCUGCAGUGCAGGUCAAAAGGUGCUUGCUUCUCUGAUCAUCAGAAUGGCCCUGGCAGAGACUUUCUGUUUGAACUGUGGAAUUCUGGCUCUGGAUGAACCUACAACAAACUUGGAUAGAGAGAACAUUGAGAGUCUGGCUCUGGCCCUUGUGGAGAUUAUCAAGUCUCGAUCUAACCAGAGAAACUUCCAGAUGGUCGUCAUCACACACGAUGAAGAUUUUGUGGAGUUACUGGGAAGAUCUGAUUAUGUGGAUGAAUUCUGGAAAGUUCGCAAAGAUGCCAAUGCCUGCUCCAAGCUGGUCAAAGCUAAAGUGGAAGAGCUACACAGCAGAUGAUGGACGGUGACCGAUGGACUGCUUGUGAUCUUACAGAUGGAUGUCAACCAUUUCUGACCAAUGGACUGGUUGUGACCUGUUUCUUAUAGAUGGAUGCCAACCAAUGCUGACUAAUGAACUGCUUGUGAUUUGGUUGUUACUGUUAAUUGAUUUUUGUUGAUAAAAUAGAUUCAAUCUGU